AUGUUCAAACACUUUGCAGGUGGUGGACAGAAAAAAGGAAAAAGUAAGAAAUGGAAGAACUAUUUGCAGUUUCCACAUUUUACCGAAUGCUUAUAUCUUCGAUCUGAAAUUGAUGUCAGUUACGGAUAUAUUGUGGAGAAGCAACCGAUCGGGAAACUUCUUUUCCAACAGUUUUGUGAUACGAAUACGCAAUAUGCUCAGGCUUGGUCGUUUUUACUAAAAAUAGAGGAAUAUGAAAUGUCCGAUGACGAUGGCGAGAGUCGUCGUACUUUGGCUUUGUCUCUGUCCAGAAUGCUGUCUCCAGAAGCAGAAAAUCCCUGCAGCUCUCGACAGACAUCAUGGUUUAAUUUUCUGCCGGAUUACUUGAUAAGCAAGUGUAUGUCGGCAGCUGACAAUGCAGCAGCCCAGACUGACCCAUCUUCUGACAUUUUCUCAGAAACUUAUAAGGCAGUGCGCGGCUUUCUAGCUGCUGAACCAUUUCGUCAGUUCAUCCAAACUAAAUACUUUUAUCGAUACUUGCAGUGGAAAUGGCUUGAAAAAAGGCCGGUUGACAAACGUACAUUUCGCCUUUAUCGGGUUCUCGGAAAAGGAGGGUUUGGUGAAGUUUGCGCAUGUCAGGUUCGCAGUUCUGGCAAGAUGUAUGCCCUUAAAAAGCUUGAGAAAAAACGAGUGAAAAAAAGACACGCAGAAACACUGAGCCUUAAUGAAAAACAAAUAUUGCAAAAGAUUAAUUCCCCGUUUGUGGUUAGCCUUGCGUAUGCAUACGAAACGAAGGAUGCUCUCUGUUUGGUUUUGACCCUCAUGAAUGGAGGUGAUUUAAAGUUUCACUUAUAUAACUUAAUGCCUGGGGGCUUUGAAGAAAGACGAGUUCAGUUCUACGCCGCUGAAAUUACGCUGGGUUUGCAACAUUUACAUCGAGAACACAUCCUUUAUCGGGAUUUAAAACCCGAAAAUAUACUUUUGGAUGAUUAUGGGCACGUUAGAAUAUCUGAUCUUGGACUUGCAGUUGAGUUAAAAGAUAAUGAGCCUAUUAAAGGAAGAGUUGGCACCGUGGGAUACAUGGCACCAGAAAUAGUAAAAAACGAGAAAUAUUCAUACGGAGUCGAUUGGUGGGGACUAGGUUGCCUGAUUUACGAAAUGAUUGAAGGCAAGGCACCCUUUCGUCAGAGAAAAGAGAAGGUGAAACGAGAGGAAGUGGAAAGGAGAGUGCGAGAAGAACAGGAAAGAUAUUCUGACAAAUUUAGUGAAGCGGCAAGAACAUUGUGCAGAGGGCUUUUACAUAAAGAGCCUUGUUUCCGAUUAGGGUCAAGGCGUGUUGGACGGCCUGAAGAGGGAGCGGAAGAGCUGAAGUCUCAUGCAUUCUUUACGCAAGGCGAUAGCGAGACUGGAAGGGAAUCAGUACCAUGGAGGAAGAUGGAAGCUGGGAAGGUAACGCCUCCAUUUUGUCCCGAUCCUAGAGCUGUUUAUGCCAAGGACGUUCUUGACAUUGAACAGUUCAGCACCGUGAAGGGCGUGCGUCUUGAUGCUGUGGACAAUCAAUUCUACGCUAAAUUUAAUACAGGACGAGUUUCUAUACCAUGGCAAAAUGAGAUGAUUGAGACGGAAUGUUUUCAAGAACUAAAUGUUAUGGAAAUUAAUGGUGUGUUAGUGCCAGACCUACGUAUCGACUCAACGCAUGUUUGUGACAAUAACUCACAUCCUACAUCAAGCACCAGUCAUAAGCAAGGAUUUUUCAGUCGAUUAUUUAAACGUGAAGUACGUUGUAAUUGCUAA